AUGUCUUUUUAUAUCGGAAAAUGUGUUCCCUCAAGGACGAUUUCCAUGCAGGAACAAAUCACCGAAUAUAAGCGUCAACAUAAUAAAAAUCCGCUUAUCAUUAUUGAUUUAAUGUACUUCGACCAACUUGGCGGGUAUUUGCACCGAAAUGAUGUUGCUGGCAAAAUGCGUGACCUUUGCGGCAUCUCCCGGUGUAGAGUUAAGGAGAUAGAGAAAUUUGUUUCAGAUUUGAAACAAUAUGGAGCCGAACUGAUAUUUAUGACUAACGGUGCUUUCUUUGAUAUCAGCGGUCAAAUUGUUCCGGAUGAGGACGAUGCGAAGGACAGCAGCAAGGAUUGGCGGUACGAUCUUCAGACGAAGAUCAUAGAAUAUUUGGAUAAUUCCCAUUAUAGUCAGGUCGCUGCUGACGCUAAAUUUAUUCCAAUCGAACGAGUUUGGACUGAAUCUCUUGCCAAGAUUGCCAGAAAAUACGGUAAAGUUUUGUGGGCUUGGGAUAACUCACGACAUCAGGAAAUUGCUAAGUAUGCUUGUGUCCACAACGCAAUGGCAAUUAUUUCCAAAAACUACACCCUGCUGCUGUACAGUGGUUCGGAUUUUCCGAAAUACAAGUUUUGGUCGAUGGCCGACUGUUCUACGGCAAAAAUGGAAACCGCCGAGUAUGACCCGUUGAUAGUUCGACGAACACUUAGAUUGACUUCGAAACAGUCGCGCUUACUGGCGGCUAUCUACGAUUGGUACAAUGGCAGUACAACGUUUUAUGGUUUCCUAGAACGCAUUAAAGUGCCAAACACUUCACGAACACUGUUUCGCGAUAUUACCGCCUACGUCAAAAAGACUGCGGGUAAUCUACAGGAGCUGGAUUACUUGAAAAUUGCCCGUGACUUGUUUGGUGAACAAAAAUAUAUAGAUAAAUUUGCUGAUUUCAAGACCGUUUGUAAUGGGUACAAUGUGGAUGCGAUUGUUCUUUCGAGUGAACAGAACAAUGACUCAAUAAGCGCUCAGUUGAAAAGGCAGGACUCUUUCAAUUAUGAUAUUUUCCACGGAAUAGCAUUUACUUGUUCGAUAAGUUUCGUUGAUUAUCGAUACUGGCAGGACCAUGGAAUAGAUUUUCACGAAAUCGUUAUUUCACUGUACCAACGUAUAUGCGGCGUGAUUUUGCAGCAUAAGAAAGAUCAGUCUCUGACUAGAUAUGUGAACAUCAAGCGGACUCACACGGAACUUUACAUGAUGUCGGAAUUGAAACCGGAAUAUCCUGCGGAUUUAAUUAUUCCUUCUUUAGAUUAUAUGUUUUUGCUUACGGGUCAAGCACUUACCAGCAUUCCGGACUUCAAUGUUUGCUUGCUAGAAUUCGUUACCGGAUUAGUUCUGGAUAGGACGGUGCUAAACUUUUUUACCAGAACUGACCAGCGUUCCUACUUGCAAGAUAGCGUUACAUUAGCUUAUAUGGUUGCGCUGCGUAUGAUUGAUAAAUUUGAGGCGGAUAUAUUUAUGUUGGCCAUACACACAUGUCGUUGGGAUCUAGACGAAGAAGUUGCCCUGCCGGAUAAUGUGAACCUCCGAGCUUUCCAUCUGUAUUAUACCUAUGUAAAAAUGCGUACGUUGGUUAAGCAUAGCUUUUAUUGUGCCGGAUUGGAUGAAUCGUUUAUGGACGAGAAUUAUCUGGAUGGUGCCGUGUUUCAGCACAUGUUCCAGAAAUUUACCGCGGAAGGCGACACUGCAGAAUUUAAUCAAAAUAUUUGUCAAAUCAUUCGGUAUCGUUUAUAUUGA